AGAAACAAGGCGCUAGAGAAUGUGGGGGAGUGAAAGCUCAGAGACGCAAACUAGGGAUUAGAAAUAGUUUUCCACGCUGAGCCAGUGGCAUUCGCGCGGGUUUAAGGAUACGCGCACCCCACCCCCCAGAUUUGUAGGUCUUUUAGGGAUCUACACCUACUGAGACUGAUAGUAACACUCAAGUAGGAAUCAAACUGUGUUCUUUCAGUUAGUUGCCUAAGAGCCUAGUGUAGAAGACAGGAAAUCCACAAGGUGUUAAAGUUUCGCUAAUUAGGAAGAGUUUUUGUGUUUUCUGUUAAACUCCAAGUUCUAGAGGGCUACAUAAUAAGGGCAAGUUACAGGACGCACGGGAACUGUGCACGCCACCCUGUCCCCAUUGAAGGGAAACUUUGGCGAAGUGAGAAUUGAUGGGGUGACGUGAGGUCUUUCGCGCACACACCGGGCUGUGGUUGCCUUUUCAAGUUCCACGUGCUUUUGGAGCUCCACGAAGGUUGUUUUCCAGCUUGUGCAUCCCCCAAGUGUGUGUCCCCAUUGUUUCUGGAGGUCCUCAGUUUGGGGGUACAUAUACUAGUCGCUGGGACCGGUCCAGUUAUCCGCAGCCUCCAGGUCUGUAACUAUAACCUCCCACGCUGCAAAAGCGCAGACACAUUCAGACACGAACACUCCCCGCCGGGUUCGUCACCUCGCGUUUACAUUUUUAUGGGACUGGACAAAAUGUCAGCUCUGUUUGGAAAAUGUCUCAGUCUCGAGGACUUUGUCCUGCAUACAAGUGCAGUCCCUAUAAAUGACCCUGUGUGUAUUUUGAAGUCGGCCGGGCCGCUCUCUGGAAAGCGUGAGUGAGCCAGCAGGGUUCUGUCCUAGACACACACCUUGCCCGGAGCGACAAUUCCAAGUUACUCACUGGAGCUGACAAGUCACCUCGGGGACAAGGAAGUCACCCAAGUGUCUGGAAAUCUUGGCCCCUGUGGAUUUGUCAUCCAAUGGAUGAUUCAAUUAGUUUGCUUCCAGUGAGGCACCUGUGUAAAGCAGGUGUGACAUGCAAAAGUUUGCAGAAAAACAAUGAAGGCGGUUCCUGGAAACUCUGAAGCCAUCUAGAGACAGAGCUUAUAACCCACACCAUGGAUAACUUAUUGGACUUUGCCUGAAAGGAGUCAUUAGUGCCAUUGGAUAUUUGACCAUCCUGGCCACAGGUUUUUCAGAAUGAAUGGAAGGUCAUGCGGCAUGAGUCUCCACCGGACAUCAGGAACCCCACAGGGGCCUGGGAUGGUCAGUGGCCAACAUAUUCCUCCCAUCCGAGCCCACUCGGGGACUCCUGGCCCCUCGUCCUGUGGCAGCACACCAAGCCCUGCUAUUGGAAGCCUUGUUAACAGCCUCCACCUCAAGAUGCCCUCAGGAGGAGGGAUGGCUCCUCAGAACACCCUGACUGAGAGCUCUAUCCACCUGCCUGCCCUGAGCCCCAGGAGACAAGUGCUCACCAAUGGGAAGCCACGAUUCCAGGUCACCCAGGCUGGAGGCAUGUCAGGGUCACACACUUUAAAGCCAAAGCAGCAAGAGUUUGGAAACCCUUUUUCUCCAAAUCCUGGGAAAGGGGCUCUUGGCUUUGGGCCUCAGUGCAAGUCCAUUGGAAAAGGCAGCUGCAACAAUCUAGUGGUCACCAGCAGUCCCAUGAUGGUUCAGCGACUGGGACCCAUUUCACCUCCAGCAAGCCAGGUCUCCACAGCAUGCAAGCAGAUCAGUCCUAGCUUACAGAGGGCAGUGAAUGCAGCCAACCUGAAUAUACCUCCUUCAGAUACCAGGUCCCUUAUUUCACGGGAGUCUCUGGCAUCCACGACUUUGAGUCUCACGGAAAGUCAAUCGGCCUUGAGUGUGAAACAAGAGUGGUCUCAGGGCUAUAGGGCUCUGCCUUCGCUUUCCUCCAACCAUAGCUCUCAGAAUGGUGUGGAUCUAGGGGACUUCCUUGGCCUUCCUCCCGGGACAUCCAUGUCCAGCAAUAGUGUCUCUAACUCAUUGCCAUCCUAUCUUUUUGGCAUGGAAAAUACCCACUCUCCUUACCCUAGUCCCCGGCAUUCAUCCACCAGAUCCCACUCGGCCCGCUCGAAGAAGAGAGCACUGUCCUUGUCGCCCUUGUCAGAUGGCAUCGGGAUAGACUUCAAUACCAUCAUCCGCACCUCACCCACGUCCUUGGUUGCCUACAUCAAUGGGCCGAGGGCAUCCCCAGCCAACAUGUCCCCGCAGCCAGAGGUCUACGGGCAUUUCCUGGGGGUACGCGGCAGCUGUAUCCCCCAGCCAUGUGCAGUACCUGGCAGCCAGAAGGGCGUGCUGGUGACCAGUGGUGGCCUGGCGCUACCGGCCUAUGGUGAUGAUGGGGUACUGGAGUAUGAGCGCAUGCAACAGCUGGAGCACGGUGGCCUUCAGCCCGGGCAGGUCAACAAUAUGGUGGUGCAGCAUGGCCUGCCCGGCCCUGAAGGCCAACCCUCUGGCAUGCUCAAGACUGAGCGACUGGAGGACUUCCCAGGUGGUACCCUGGAUCUGCCGCCUGCGCCCCCGCUCCCUCCCUUGCCACCGCCUCAAGGUCCCCCACCACCCUACCAUGCCCACCCGCACCUUCAUCACCCAGAGCUAGUGGCCCACAGCCAGCCACUGGCACUGCCUCAAGCCACCCUGGACGAUGAUGGAGAGAUGGAUGAUGGUGGGGGCAAGCACUGUUGUCGCUGGAUAGAUUGCAGCGCCUUGUAUGACCAGCAGGAGGAACUUGUGCGGCACAUCGAGAAGGUCCACAUUGAUCAGCGAAAGGGGGAAGACUUCACUUGCUUCUGGGCUGGCUGCCCUAGAAGGUACAAGCCUUUCAACGCCCGCUAUAAACUGCUGAUCCACAUGAGGGUCCACUCGGGGGAGAAGCCCAACAAGUGUACGUUUGAAGGUUGCAAGAAGGCCUUUUCAAGGCUUGAAAAUCUCAAGAUUCACUUGCGGAGCCACACCGGCGAGAAACCAUAUCUAUGCCAGCAUCCGGGCUGUCAGAAGGCAUUCAGCAACUCCAGUGACCGUGCCAAGCACCAGAGAACGCAUCUGGACACUAAACCUUAUGCUUGUCAAAUUCCAGGAUGUACCAAACGCUACACAGACCCAAGUUCCCUAAGAAAGCAUGUGAAGGCACAUUCUUCCAAAGAUCAACAAGCAAGGAAAAAGCUUCGGUCCAGCACUGAGCUCCAUCCAGACCUGCUCUCAGAUUGCCUCACUGUGCAGCCCUUGCAGCCAGCCACUUCUCCAAGAGACACUGCUGCUGAUGGCAACGUGGGAUGCUCUCCCGGGCCUGGGCCUGACCUCUAUCCGGCUCCCAUUUUCUCCAGCAAUCAUUCAAGCCGAAGUGGAACAGCUGCUGGGGCCGGGCCACCCCCACAUCCUGUCAGUCACCCUUCUCCAGGACAUAAUGUACAGGGGAGCCCCCACAACCCCUCCUCCCAGUUACCUCCACUCACAGCUGUGGACGCAGGAGCUGAGAGGUUUGUACCUUCUGCUCCAUCUCCUCACCACAUCAGCCCCCGGAGAGUUCCGGCUCCUUCCUCAAUACUGCAGAGAACACAGCCUCCCCACACCCAGCAACCAUCAGGUUCACACCUGAAGUCCUAUCAGCCAGAGACGAACUCUUCUUUUCAACCAAAUGGUAUCCACGUCCAUGGAUUUUAUGGACAGCUGCAGACCUUCUGCCCCCCGCAUUACCCCGACUCCCAGAGAACUGUGCCGCCUGGCAGCUCCUGCAGUGUGGUGCCUUCCUUUGAGGACUGCCUGGUCCCCACGUCCAUGGGCCAGGCUGGCUUUGAUGUUUUCCACAGAGCCUUCUCGACUCACUCAGGCAUUGCAGUGUAUGAUUUGCCUUCAGCUUCCUCAAGCCUUUUUGGGGAGUCUCUUCGCAAUGGGCCUGAAGACAACACGUUCUUGCAGAUCAGUGCUGUGGACCGUUGUCCUAGCCAGCUCUCCUCUGUCUAUACUGAAGGCUAGAAGCAUCCCUUGUCUCUGCUGCACAUCCAGAACCUUUUGGUUGCUUGCCACCUUUUGUUCUCAUACUCUGUUACAGAGUGCACGAAGAAGGAUGUCAACCAAAUCAGUGGGACCUGUAGGGUCACUGUCUUUGGAAGGCAGGACUGGAUGGUCAGAGCUGGCUUUACAAGAAUAUUUGCAGUUGCUCCUUUUUCUCUCUGGGUUUGCUGGACCAGGUGGCCAGCAGGACUGUCUUCUGAAAGGGAAUUUAGAGUCUCACUCUACUGGAUACCUGUUACUUCCUGGAUGUCAGCCCUCAAAGGACACCAAUGAAAUGAUGUGCAUAUGAAAAAGUAGUUUGGGGGUAACCCUUGCUGAAAACUCCAAAGAGGGAAGGACAGCCCAUUAGCAGGGGCAUAUCGAGCUGUCUCACCCAGUGUUCUCCCUCGUGGCUGCUGGGGCACAAGGAGGGAAAUCCAUUUCCAAAGCACAGUAUGGUCUUAACACAUGGCAACUCCCUCCCUGGGUUUCCCUCUUCUCUUAGAUAUUCUCAUGCUAACCGGUUGCUUCUCAGUAUUUCUCCAAUGACAAAAUAAGUUUUUAUAUGUCAGCUUUCUACUUUGUUCUUGGAUUUUAAAGACUUGUUACUUACAUCUUCUUUAAAAAGAAAAAAUUUAAAGGUUUAUUCUUUGGAUAGAAAUCAUUAUUAAUUCAAUCACCCAGUUACACUUAUUUUGCCACAGUAUGGCUCUACCUGGCCCCAUCCCAGGAAUAUUAGUUUUACAGUUAGCACAAGGCUACCUGAGGGAAACAGGGUAGGCUCUCUCUCUUUCUCUCUCUCUCUCUCUCUCUCUCUCUCUCUCUCUCUCUCACACACACACACACACACACACACACACACACACAUGCAUACACCUACCUGCUCCCAGUGCUAUAGCAGGAACCCUUCUGGGUUGACUGCUCAUUGACUUGAAAACAUUCAGUGGAAAAGGUCAUUUGAUUGAUCCCCCAUUGCCUGCACUCUGGUGUUCUGCCUGAGAUGUGCCAGAAAACAGGAGAACAGGAUGCACAGCAUCACAGCCAGGGUCCUCUUGGAAAACCAAACCAGGGAGGCCUGAUAUCCAUUUUAUUUGCAUAGCCUCUGCUCAGCUCCUUCAGGGAGUCCACUUCUGUCUCCUCUGUACUUGUUCCCUCUCUCUUUUUGAAGAAAUGCCCACCACCUGCCUUAUCCUAUCAACUCUUGGAGAAGUAGAGGAAAUGGUUCACAAAAGGUGGGCUGAGAAGGGAACCCUUUUUCAGAACUCUAGUUUAAAGGCUUGGAAUUUUUCACAGUGCAAUUGACAGUUUUAUAUCAAGCCUAAAUAGGAAGUAAUUUUCAGUGACACCUUUACAAAGGUAUUUAAAAGAUACUGUGUCCUAGGGCAUAGGCUGUAAAACUUGGCCAUACCCCAAAGAUUCAGUCCAUUACAAUAUUAUGGUACAUUCACAUUUCAAAUUUCUUUUUCUGUCUUUAAAAAAAAAUUUCUGAACAAAAGUGAAAUAAUGCUAUUUAUCCAACUGAGAUAAUUGCAGGCUUCAACAAGACAAUUAAAUAGCUCAUUGUCAGACUUGGGAUCCUGUGACAGUUUGUAUCCUGAUAGACAUGUCCCUCCAUUCUGGUUCCAAAAUCAGAAAUGUUCUACCUGAUCCCAGUAUUCAUUCCAACUCAUGGUGGAAUGAGGGGAAUAAAGAACCAAGUGUGGAUUCCAUUUUUUCAACACGGUUGAUCUAGUUUCUCCUGCUAGUGAGCUGUGUUCUAAGGAGAGCUAUCAUGCAGGUGUCCAAGUCUGCAAAAGAUGUAAAUUAUCCACUUUAUAAAAAUAUCUGCUGUGCUUUCCAAAAGGAUGCACAUCAAGCUUCCUUGAUAAGUGAGUUCUCAGGCUGCAUGUAAAAUCCCACCCUGCUACAAACUUGGUGGGUUGUGUUACUUGGCCUAAGCAAGGAAACAUGCAUGCUAACAUUGGCUCCGUCACUAGUAUCCCUCAUUUGUCCUCUGUCACACUCUGGAAAGAAGGGAAGACUCUGCUAUCUUUAGAGAGACCAUAUAGCUGUUCUUAAAUACUGAAGCUUUUACAAGUAACUCAAAAUGUAUUUUAUUUGUGUGAUGAGGAGAAAAAUGAUGUUAAGGCAUGGAUGGUUGUUAUUGCAGUUGAUGCUGUCAGCCCUGCUUUGUGGUUUAAUUAAUUUCAAGUAGAAAGGGGAAAGGACAAAGCAUGAUGCUGAACCUCAGAGAUCAGGGAUGUCAUAUACCUCUUUGGUUGAGAGGAGAUGCUGUGAACCAGGCUCUGGUCUCAUGGUGGUCUAUCACAGUGACCCUGAUUCUUCCUUGUCUAAGCUGGGUUUGGGGGGAUCCAAAGAAUGGCCAGGUGGCAGCAGCACCUGUAGCUCCUCCUUUCUCAGAAGGAUUUCAAGGCCUGGCCCCUAAGAGAGAUAUGUGCUGUCAGAGAGAACAUGCAAGGAGCAGGGCCCAGUAUGGCUCCUCAGAGUUUCUUGAUGACUGCAGGUUGGCAAUCAGGGCCUAGGACAUGACACAUUCAGGUUCCUUCAGACUACACAAGCUGUCCUUAGACUCCAGAAUUUCUCUGACUUAAAAUUUGUCCCUUGCUUCCUUUCACACUGCAGAAGAUUUUUAUGUACUUUCACCAGAAUUUUGUAUCAGUGAAAGUAGAACUUCAGAAAAUCAUUUCCUUCCAUUUACUGGCCUUUUUAAGUCUCCAUAUGUAGCCAUUUUCAUAAGCAUCCAGAGAUUGUCAUUCCCCUUUAAGAACAAACUAACAAACAAACAACAACAACAAAAGCGGUGCUUGUGAAAACACACACAGCCCCUUUGGCCAAUUAUCCUAUUACACUGAAAAAUUAAAAAAAAAAAAAUCAGUACACUUAGAGACCUCUAUUUCAUUUGCUGCAUUAUCUUGAUUCCCUAAAGGGACUGCAUCAAAAUGUAGCUUGUAAUUUAGCCUCUGAUCAGCAUUUAAAGAUUAUUUAAAUAUUUAAUGGGCUUGUCAGGUCUCUCCCUUUGCCCAUGUCUUCCCCAAAUUACAUAGGUAAUUUUAACAUGGAAGAGAAGUCUUCAGUAGGUCACAGCAUAGAUCCACUGAUAAUGGAGUGUUGGUUUUGUUCCAUUGUUUUUGAAUUAGCAGCUGUCAAGUACAACAAGUACACUGAUACCAGUUCUGAACAAGGAUAACUGUUCAACUCUCCCCUCAGAGAACCUGGACUUUUCCAGUUGCCACAAAGUAUUGGGAAUAGUGACUGUAAAUGUUCAGUGUAAUUAUUUGGUAUUUUAUUUGACUGUUUUGACCACAUCAUUUUAUAGCAGCAUUUCUUAAUGGCACUUUUUUUGGUGGUGUGGAAUUUCUGCAGUUACCUUCUUCUUCUUCUUUUUUUUCUUCUUCUUCUUCUUCUUCUUCUUCUUCUUCUUCUUCUUCUUCUUCUUCUUCUUCUUCUUCUUCUUCUUCUUUUUUUGCUAUGGAUAAAGCAAAAAAGAAAAACCAAACUCAUUGGAGAAAUGGUGAGUGUAAAAAAUAAGAGAUUUAUUUUGUAUAGACAGCAAAGCAUCCUGUGUAAUGUUGCUGACAUAAAGCACUUUGGGGGGAAAAAGUGGAAAUCUGUUUUCCAUAAAUCACACAGCUCUUGUACAUAGUUAUAUACACUCACGUAGAGAAGUGAACUGCGUAUAUCAUACUGGAUAUGGGGCCGAUUUUACUCUUGAGGCACAUCUGGUGCUUAUUGUCAUAAAUCUUUUAAAGAAUUAGGUACACUUUUUUUCUAUUAAUAUGUAUAGUUUUGUGAUUUGUCACAGUUAUGUUUCAUAUAAUCGUAAGUUAUUUUGUCUUGUUUCAUGAAGUCCUUUUUAUAUGUCAAAAGUGAAAUGAAGGGAUUGUGCACUUGGUACAGAAUAAAACUGGAAAUAGAGAAUACGCCCUCCUGCCUGAGAUCUCCUUUGGCAUAUUGCUUUGAAACACAAUGGCAGUGAGACUGUUGUUUGUUUGUUUAUUUUAUUAUUUUGUUUUGUUUUGCCAUCAGCCUCCUAUGUAUUGGGAUGGUAAUUAUAAUUAAAAGCAGAUGGGAGGGGGAAGGGUCCAAGGCCAGCUUUAAAAUGCCGCAUUGCUUUGGGCCAGAGCUGCAGCCUGGAUUUAAUUAUAGAUAUGAGGACGAAAUGGCAGUAAAAAUGAAUGUCUCCCCGAAUCCUUUACAUGUUGGGAGUGUCCAUAAAUAAAACAUGAAGUUUUAUUUCAUCAGAUUUAAUUAAAGCUUUUAUACAUGUUU